AUGGCCACCCGCUCAAAGGCCAAAGCUGCUGCUUCCGCUACGGGUAAGAAAGCCGCGCAGCAAUCAUCGAAGCGCGCAAAAACUGAGACCAGUUCCUCAGCCCGGGCGAGCGAGGAACGGUCAGUGAAUGGAAGGCGCAAACCUUCAAAGACCGCCCCCGCCAAGCGGGCAAAGCCCAAACCAGAUGCAUCAGUGAAGGAGGAAUACUGCACCUGCUCGAAGGGCGAUGACGGCUCUCCGAUGGUCGUUUGCGGCCAGUGCAAGAUUUGGUACCAUUUCGUAUGUGUAGAUCUCGCAGAGAAGGACGCAGAGGAUAUCUGUUUUUACGUCUGCCCCACUUGCACCACAUCCACUGGCCUUCGAACAACAAGAUCCUGGGAGGGUCGAGUCGCCUUCGAUGACCCCAAUGAAGCCGCUAUUUCCAAGGGGCCGGUUGCGCCAUCUAAGCGCAAGACGUCCAAGCCUCCAGUGGCGAAGAAACCCAUGUCAGAUGAGUCCGAUAACGAGGUUAGCAGCGAAGACGACUUUGUCAUGGAGGAAGAGGAAAAGAAACCACAGGUUGCUCAAGCCAAACGGCGUCGCACAGCUGUGGCUUCGGACACCGACACUGAUACCUCGGAUUCGGACGCCCAUAUAAAGCGCAAGCGUCGCCUUAGGAGGGUAUCAGCAUCACCCGCCCCCAAUACAAUGAAACGGAAAGCCAGUGUCUCCCAGGCACCAACUCCUGUCAAGAGAUCCAAAUCUACACCCCCCCAAGAGGAUCCAACACGGAAGUACUGCUUGGGCAAAUUACAGGAACUGUUCCGCGAUAUCUUCUUCCGCUAUCCCCAUAUACAGACACCAGAGGGCACCCUUGUGGCCAAGGCGGUGGACGAAAUGACGGAAGAGGAAAAGGAUGCGUUGACGCAGGAAGCCAAUCAGUUUGCCCACGACCUCGAGAUGUGUAUCUUCGAGAUUUAUGCUGAGCCAGAUAAAAAUGGUAAUCCAAAUGCCGGCAUGAAGUACAAGGAUCGUUUCCGGACGUUGCAAUUUAAUCUUAGCAAACAUGACCGUGUUGUUAUUCACCAACGGAUUACCUCACGGAACAUUGCUCCCAAAGAGUUGUCUCAAAUGUCUUCAACUGACCUGGCGAAUGAGGAAACGAAACAAUUAAUCAAAGUUGCGGAGAAAGAGGCGUUGGAACACUCCAUCCUACCGCAGAUUACUGCUCCUCGUGCUAAAAUAACGCAUAAAGGAAUCGAGGAUAUCGAAGUAGACGAUGAUGAUCCGAGCACGUCCACGCUGGAUUAUGAACAGGAUCAGAAGGAGAGAGAGAGGGUGGCAGAAGAGCGUCGGGAGAGAGAGCGUAUGGCUCGCCUUAGAGGGGUGCAGCGUCAACGGACUGCGUCCAUGUCGGUUCCACCUGAGUCUCCUACGGUCCUCCAAACCCCGACAUCCGAUUCAUGGGGUGCGCCUCCACCAGUUCCUGCCCAUGCUCAGUCUCCCGUACAGGAGUCAGGCGGUCAGUCUGCUCUGCCUCCCCUGGCGCUUGCUGGCUCCGAGAUACGAUACACGCCAGAGCCGGAGCUAAAUCUCUCCGACCUCAUCAACAUCGAUGAAGAGGCCACCCCAUCUUCAGAAGCGGUCCCCACUCCCCCCACGACAUCCACCCAAGGGGACCAGGCGACUCGCGUCGAUCCAUUCUCCCGCCCCAUCAUCACCGUCCCCUCGUCGUCCAGCGAUCCCCCCACCGACGAAUCCCCUUCGGUCACCGCCGUCCCACCCGAAAAGCCCGGUUUUAACCUCAGCACACUCUGGACGACCAACGCAACCGACAAAGAGAAGGAUGCCGACAUGGAUGACAACGACGAUGGAGAACCGAUGGCCAUUUCCCCUCCCCCACUUUCUCCCCCUGCUCUCCACGACGAUGACGACAAGGACAUUCUUGCGGAGGGUGGGGACAAUAUGGAUGGUCCUGAGCCCGACUUCGACGCGCUCUUCCAAGAACAACCCCCCGAACCACCCCGUCCUCAAGUCCCAGUGUCGGUCGAGCAAAUCCCCCAGGUCUGGACAGGCAAGCUCUCCAUGCCGCUUGACUCGAGUAUUCCUCAAGACACGCCGAUGGUUGCCAGACAGGUCGCCGGGACCACAAUCGAACCGGAGUCUCUGCUAUGGAAGACGCUUUUUCCUUCGGACCACCUUGGAAUUGGUGGACGUGUUCCUAUCGCGAACUCAUCCGACUAUCUCACACAAAUGCGACUCAACCCUACGAAGGAGUUGUAUGCUGUGGCGUUUGCACCGGCUAGUGAGCAGGACGAAGCUAGCUUCCAAGCGCUGAGCGACUUCCUAGUGGCAAAAGGUCGUCACGGAUUGAUCUUCCCCUGGGGUCAGAGACCCAAAGAGCACCAUCCAGGCAAAGAGCUGUACAUCAUCCCCUUGAAGGCAUCCGAACCCAUUCCCGAGUACAUGGAGCUUCUCGACAAUCUCAAGAUCCCGAAGGAAAGAAAGCGAAAUUAUCUAAUUGGAAUUUGGGUGCUGAACAAGGGUAAAUUGGCUCCUCCCCCGCCACCGCCACCAGUCGCCGCACCGGUUUCUAUGACUCUCUCAGUCGCUCACCAGCCUACUCCGCCAACCGUUCCAGCUGCUCCUGUCAAUGUCACCGCUACUCCACCACAUAUCCCCCCGAUUGCUUCACCCGCUAUUCCGUUGGGCUCUUCAACGCCCUUGGGCGUUCCUCCUACACCGGUCAACCCCAUCCUUCCUAUCAAUGGGCCGCUCCCGCCUGGCGUUGACCCGGUUGCUUUGGCUGCCGAAGUAGCUUCGCUUACACCGGAGCAGCUCCAGCUCUUGCGCUCCUUGGCUGGUAGCGCGAUUCCUGUUCCUUCUCAACCGCCUCAGCAAGCACCCGCCGCUGUCCCCGUUCCACCAGCCUUCCCUCCAUACCCGCCACCACCAGCGGUGCCCACCAUGCCCCCAGAUCAUCUCAGGCAUACAUGGCAAGGAUCGGCGUCACCAUACACACCCCCUCAAUAUCAGGGCUAUGGAGACCACGGUGCAGCAAACCAUGCUUCGCAACCCCAUCGGCCGCCUCCGCCACCACACAACUAUCCCAAUGAUCGCUAUGAUGCCCACGGUCAUCACCAGGGGCACGGCGAUCGCGAGCAUCAUCGUGGAGGAUGGCGCGGCAAGAACAAGUCUAGGGGCCACUGGGAUCGCAAUCAAGGGCAUAGGGAUCAACAACAUAGGGACAAUUAUCGACCUGUGGACUCUGGCUGGCCUCGCAAGCAACAUGGCGCUGGUGAACAAUCCUAUGGGCAUGGACGGCAAUGGUAA